CGGGAUGGUGGCCUUCAUCGGAGCGGUUAUCUGCAUCAUCGCGGCAGUCCACACCGGAUCCUCCAAGGCUGCUGCGGCUCAGCGGCAGCCCGUGGCCGAUAACCAUUCCCUGUAUCCGGACGCAGUCGCCCAGACCCCCGCUGCCGUAGGGGGCUCUGUGCCUCGGCCAGGAUCUCUGGGAGCUCUCCACGGUUCUGAAACGCCCGAUUCCGAAGCACCCACCUUCAACGUCGGCCUCGGAGGGCUGGAAGGGGUCAGCGGACUGACGGGACACGAUCCCGCGGUCAGUCGACUCAUCUGCACCCCGGUCCCCGCCGGAAGGUGUAACACCAGGAACUUUCAGCAACAAGCGGACGACCCGUCGCUGUAUGCAGGGGAAGACUGGGGGUACCUUCGGACCACCGAAGAGGAGCUCCGGAAUACCGUUCUGCAGCAGAAGGACCAGAUCUUAACCGACCAGAGCACCAUCAAGGAGCUCACAGGAAAGCUGUCCGAGUGCGAGAAGGGGCUUGGAGGCAGGAACAGCAGCCCGGACAGACGCGGGAACGCCGCCGCGCUGGCAGGAGGGAAAGGAGCUGAGGGGGAGGCGCACUUGGAGCGGAUGAUGGUGCGGGACAGCGCGGAUUCAGCGCCCGACAGGGUCCAUCUGCUCACGGUUGGAAAUGUGGAUGAGCUUGAACAGGCUAUCACUCAGCUCAAAGACCGCAUAGACAGACUGGAGACUGACAUCGGCCCAUUUUCUCACAACCGCACGGACAGCAAGUCCUCUGAAGCAUCAGAGGAAGGCGGCCAGGAGAGGUCAGCUUAUCUGGGGCGCAGCACCGGUUCAGACAAGCCCUGGGAGGUGGAGGACUUGGAAGAGGGGCUGGAGAGGAAGGUGGAGCUUCUGGAGAAGGAGAGAAAAGCCCUGAGGCUGGAAGCAGAGAAGCAUAGACAGGAAGUUGACCAUGGCAUCAGCAAACUACAACAGAAAAUUUUAGGCCUGGAGGAAGAGCAUUCUUUCCCAGAGGGGUUCAGGCUGUCCUUCCCAGCUCGGACAAACUACAUGUUCGCUCUCAUGAGACACGCCAUCCCGAAGCUGCGGGCCUUUACUGCCUGCCUGUGGCUGCGGCCGGCCGGGGUGGGAAUUGGGACCCCCCUAUCUUAUGCUGUACCCGAGCAGCCCAACGAGUUGGUGCUCCUUCAAGGCAUGCACACUCCCAUCGAGCUGCUCAUCAACGACAAGGUGGUGAAGCUGCCUCUGAAUCUCUCUCAAGGGAACUGGCAGCACGUUUGUGUGAGUUGGACCCAGAAAGGUGGAGCAUGGCUGGCCUACCAGGGAGGAAAGCUGAGGGGUGAGGGCCACGGACUGGCUCCUGGACAUCACAUCAGACCUGGGGGAGAGCUAGUCCUGGGGCAAGAGCAGGAUUCCCUGGGUGGAGGUUUUGAUUCAACCCAGGCCUUGGUUGGAGAGCUGUCUCAGGUGGGCCUAUGGGAUCGGGUUCUGUCGUCUGCCCAGGUCGCCAGCCUAGCUCGAUGCAACAGAGUAACCCAGGGCAUUGUGAUCCCCUGGGAAGAAAACAGGAUUGACGUUUACGGUGGAACCACCAAAGACCCAGGGGAGCCUUGUAGUAAACACAACAAAAGCUCUCAGUGACUGAUAGAGAAAAGAUCUUAGAAAAUAUUUAGUUUAGCCAGUAUCAACACUGAUUCAGAAUGUUACAAAAACAAGAAAUUAGGGAACAAGGAAAAUAAUACUAGGUUAUAUUGACAUAAAGUGGGUAGAGAGUUUGCAGUACCUUCAUAAUCUUAACCUUUCCGGUGUUUCCGUGUAAGUAAAAAGGUGCAUUGCAUUUGCAUACAGCUGGAACAUCGUUGUAGAAUGGAAAUGUUUAAGUUUGGCAUUGUUUAGUUUAAAGUCAAAAGAGGAUCAUAAUUUCAGAUUAAGCCAACAUGGUUUUAGAAUUUUCAGAUUAUUUUUGUUCUCAGCAAACCUCCUGAAAAUAUUAUCUAGAAGCGCAUCAUUUGCCUGCCUGUUAGCUAAAGAGUGAACAGCAAAUAUGCUAGCAAUGGCUAUUUAGCUAUGUUGAAAUUUGAAAUGUUCACAGUAAUUUUAAUCAACAACAACAUAAUUAAUUAUCUAGAAUUCUGACACAUUUUAAUAAUAAAAGUAGUGAACCUUUAAAAAAAUACUAUGAAGUACAUAAUAAUGCAUUACAGUCCGAGCCAACCAAGCGAGGCUAAUGUUAGAAUGCUAACGCUAACAUUGGCCUGCUAAUGUGAUUUAAGUGGUAAAAAAUGUCUGAGUACUCUGAGUCCUCUGUUUGUCUCCUCAUAAGUGGGAUUAUAGAGAUAAUGAGGAAAAUAUGAAAUGAAACUUUAUUUAAACCCAUUUCUUGCUACUCUAAGGUAGAAAGAACUAAAAAAAAGUACAAAGAAAAACGAAAAAGUGUCACAUGUGAUUUGGGUCAUUAAACUUUGUAGCUGUUUUUAAGGCAGAUGAUGUUAAUUUUAACACAUUUUCAGACAAAAACAACCAAAUCAUUAUGUCUAUCCACCCAGAUUUAGGCUUAUAGGCCUACUUGGGUAUAUCCUGGUGAUGUUUGAUUCAUAUUAUUGGGAACACAUAAAGGAGAAUUAUCAAAUGAUGGUUCAAACCACGUUUGAAAUGUCAAAUCCGCCCGCUACACCUAUCCUCUUUCUAGAUCUCUAUUAUGAUCAAGAUUUAGAGUGGGCACUUCAGACACAGUUGGCUAAUCAGAACUGAUAAGAUGUUAGCUCAUUCUCUCUGAACUCCCUGAACAACUGAGGAAUUACUUUCUAACAGUUUUGAAUGUAUGAACCUAUUUUUUAAAGGUGACCACAAUUACAGAAUCACAUGUUGGCACAGAUUAGACUAAGAGAUAACAGUGGAUUUGCUCAUUUGAGUCAUAAGAGGAUAAACACUGCCUUGGAAAUACACCCAAGCACCAUUUUUCAACUGAUUUUCAGAACACACUGUGCAGCACAGUGCCAAGGUUAAUAUCUUAAUAUCAUGCUUUCAUGUCCUAUUUUACAAAAUGUUUAACCUUUUCUUUAAACUACUGAAAAUAGUGUCAUAUACCUGUCAUAAUUGUCUGCGCACUAAAUGCCAUUGUGUGCUUACAUUGUUGAAAACAAUUGUACUAAAUUCUGUCAGUUCUAAGUCUGAGCCAUUCCCAGAGAGCUGAGAGCUCUGUGUGAAAAGUGUGAAGUUGAAUUGGGGCAGCUGAAAUCCCUCCAUUUGUGCAGCAGGCCUGGAUAGGAAUUAUUUAAGGGCUGUGACAGCUUUAGAGGUUGGAGUCAAGGUAAGGCGAUGAGAAAUGUUGGAGAAAGUGUUGGGAAUAAUAAGUAGUGGAUAGCAGCCAGAAGUAGAUGAUGAAAGAGAAAGGAAAACAGGAGGAUGAGGAGGGAAAAAUGGAUACGAUAUGAGUGAUGUUGAAUUGUUUUUCUCUUCUGCAUGAUGUAAUGUAGUACUUAUAAUGUGUUGCCUCUGCAAUGUGUCUCAAAAUAGGUCAUUGCAUUUAACAUUCCCGCAAGGUGGCUGUGUUUGUCUUUUUUUUAAAGGCUGAGGGUCUGAUAUGAUAAAUAACAAACCUGUAACCCUUUUAGUAUUAAAAACCAUGCAUGAACGCUACUGGGUUUUAAUGUGUUGCUAAACUAGUUUUCUUUUUCUAAACCUGACUCUUAAUUAUUUCAGAAAAUCUUCUGGUAUAAACAAAUUGUUCAUUUCAAUGUUUAUAAAAAAGCUGAUUUUUUUUUCAAUUGCAAAAAACUAUUCACGGUGGAAAGUGCCUGUCAGGGUGUUUGCACCCAUGUACCAUCAUCGUCUUUAAUAUCCUGAAGAUGUUUUGAGCUAAUUAAGCAUCUAUGAGGUCCCUGGUGACAUUUUAAGAUUAAAGCAGUUUGAUCAAAGUUUUUAAGUAUUCCAGCACGUUAUUUAAGGCCUCUGCACGGUGCCAUGAAAGUAACACUAGAGCAAGUCAAAACCAUCUUUUUGUGCCUCAGUUUGUCUUGUGUCUUUGAUUUUGGAUGUCAUGCUUGGUGUCUGUUACACUCAUGCCAGAACUUCCUAGGGCUUUUUGAUUGUGAUGUUGUUGUGUUUAUGAUAUAUGAAACUGUAAGCUAUUGAAAAUACUUUUGUUUCCGUUAAGCUUUAUGAUCUACGUUUAUACUGUUGACUGCACAAAUACUGUCAUGUCCAUGUCUUGUAUGGUGUUAUGUUGUUCUGAAUAUGUGCUGUGUACAAACUUUUAAAUCUUUAUUAAAGUAACAAUUUUUUGGAGAAAAAAAUGUGAUCAUUUGGUAUCAUUUGGAAAGGUAUUCUAUGCUGUAUGAAGCAUAGAGCAAACAGCUCAAAGAAAAACACAGUGAGCAAAGCCUCAGAUUGUGACAGUUCCUCUUUUAUUUAAUGAUGCACUCCAAGCAGCAAACUGUUGAGAUAAGCAGAUGAGCAGCAGCAACAAUAUCUCAAACACAGUUCUUGCCAGGCUCAAUAAAAAAUAAUAUCUACAUCAAGAAAAAAAAAAAAAUUACUUGCUGUAUAAGCAUUUUGGUGAUUUUUUUUAAACCGAGUAAAAUAUGUUGUGAUGUUAAAGAGGGAACAAAAUAAAUGCAAGAAGCUGUUCUGAUCUGAAAGGAUCCAAGAUGUGUGAGUGCAUACGAAAUUGACGGAAAUGUUCUCUCCUGCUUUGUGAACAAUAAAAAACGUAUUGCUUUG